AUGGGUGCAAUGGACCUCAGGACCAUGAACCCAAAAUAUCAGGCAUUGAUUGUCCGAGUGAAGUUUUCCUGCUCCUAUACAGAUGUGUUGUCCUCACUGAGUGGCCAACUGGAGCUCUUCUAUACAACCAUCCAUGCCCAUCUCCAGACUCUCCGCUUCUACGCAUACUACACCUUCUCCCCUCGCCUACGACAUUCCCUCCUGGUCACUAUUGAUAAGGCAUACGAGAAUCUGGUGGUAAGGAUUGAGAAGUGCUGCCAAAUAGCCCAUUGUCUGAAGGUGGCUCAUGUUGCCCAUCCUCAAGUAUUUCUCGUGAGACAACUUCCUCGACCGCCUGUCUUGUUCUUGUUCCCUGAUGACCAAGAUAAUAAUGAUGAGCAGUCUGAUGAAUCUCCCAUGCAUAGUCCCCCAACAUUCAAACAAGAGAACUCCAAGUUAUGUGCAGAGACUGAUGCAGCUCCUGGCAAGAGGCAAAGAGAUGAACAAGUAAGUUAAAAAUUAAAUGUUUACUUGCUCAGGCCCUUAAUGAUGUUGCAUAUUGCAUCAGGUUUGUUUUCUAUUACAGAAGUAUUUUAUUCUGAUUUCUUUUGUCUCUACCUUUUUUGGACUGACUGCAACAGUAGAUCAUACAUGAAACUGAAUUUUACAUGGCUUCAGUAAACUCACAUUUUUUUACACAUGGCUGCAUCCUUAAACAGGUCACAUAAUUGUGAAUUCAUUUCACAGUUUUAUGAGAGUACUGUAUAAGGAUCAGGUUUUGGGAACC